UAAUUUCCACUCUCCCGUUUUAUAAAUAAAUUUUAUAUUUUCACCUGGCUGUUGUGGAAAUGUAAUGUGGUGAACUGUAAGUAGUGUUGGUUACUGUUCUCUGCUUGUGUCCGGCUUCCUUCUUCGCCAGUUGCAAAAGGACGUCUGUCUUCUGAAUCAUGGGCUGUGGGUCAUCCAAUGCUGCAGGCAGCUACCAAUCCGAUGUCAACACCAUGUGGAAUCAAGUCAGACGCACAGUGGACUCAUCCACUAAGACGAACGACAAGAAACUGGUCAUCCGUCGGUCAGGGUGGAAAACAGUCAGGAUCUUUGUGUCGUCCACUUUCAGAGACUUCCAUGCUGAGAGAGAAAUACUGAUCAAAGAGGUAUUUCCUGAUCUGCGUGUGUGGUGUGAGAAGAGACGUCUUCAUCUUGUAGACUGUGACCUCAGAUGGGGAAUUCCAAAGGACACUACAACAGAAGAAACACUUCGGACAUGUCUGGGUGAAAUUGACAGAUGUUAUCAAGAUAACGUUAUGCCAUUCUUCCUGAAUCUAACAAGUGAGCGUUGUGGUUGGAUUCCUAAUCAGAUGGAGGUGCCACCAUCAAUCCGUUCCGACUAUCGCUGGAUUCAGGGUUUGUCCGUCACAGAAAUGGAGAUCAUGCAUGGUGCCUACCGUAAAGACAAUUUCAACUCGCUGUUUAUGAUACGAGAUUCCAGUUUUCUACAAGAGGUUCCUAAGGAGCAUCACAAGGAUUUUGUGGACGUUAAUCCCAUCGCUCCUGCUAAGCUGCAGAUGUUGAAGCAGAUGCUAAAGGAACGAUUCAGGAAAGACCAAGUGAGUUUCUACAACUGUGAAUUUGACGGAGUCAAUGACCAGGGAAAGGUGGAAUUCAACGGGUUGGAGAAAACCUUAGGAAAGAUGGUGUAUGAAUUCUUUCAGAGGAGGAUCACAGAACAGUAUCCUCUUGAAGAUGGUGUUCUGGACCCUUACCAACAAGCCAAAGAAGCUCAUGAGUCCUUCAUGAAGAACCGUAGUGCCUCGGUCUUGGGAAGGACCAACAUUCUGGAACAGAUGAAAGAGCACAUCAUAGGGAUCGGUGUUGAUGUUCCAUUGUUACUCUUAGGAGGACCUGGGACUGGCAAAUCCUCAAUUAUGGCAAGGGUAGCUGAUGUGACGGUAGCAAAGGCACUCACCAAAGAAAUACCAGGGGGUGGGGAGCAAGGGUGGCACGUCUUCUACCAUUUUGUCGGUGCCGUACCAGGUUCACCAAAUCUUGAGAUGACUUUAAAACGCCUCUUAAGGGAGCUUGGAGAAGUCAAUGAUACAACAAUGCCUAAGGAUCUAGAGUCAGCAUGUCAAGUCACUUAUGCAGUGCUGUCCAACCCCAACACCAAGCCUGUCAUCAUUAUCAUAGAUGCCCUCAAUCAGUUUGAUGAAUGCAAGGAGGCUACUGUACUGAAUUGGUUACCAAGCAAACUUGGUCCUCAGAUUCGCUGCAUCUUUUCCAUGAUUGAUGAGACGCCACAACAUCAGACGUUGCAUUCAAGACCCAACAAGCCUCUGGAGGUGUAUGUCACUCCGCUGGACAUGUCAUCCCGAGAGGCAAUCGUUCAAGAGACUCUCGGAAACUAUCAGAAGCGUCUUGACGCAGAGCAGAUGGCCAGUCUACUCAGUAAAGAAUCUUCCCAGAAUCCUUUGUGGCUAUCGGUGGCAUGCGAGGAGUUGAGGGUGUACGGAAUAUUUGAAAAACUCUCGGAUAAGAUCAACAGCUUAGCCGACGGAUUACUCAAUCUGUUGGAGCAAGUCUUGACACGUUUUGAGGAGGAGAAUGGCGGGCAGUUGCUGGUUGCCUCUCUGUGUCUUCUGGAAUGUUCCUGCCGUGGACUCCUUGAGACAGAACUCUUGAACAUCUUGGGGGAUGAGGAUAACCUCAUGCCUGGGAAAAACAGCUCGGGAAAAAUGGAAAAGGGACAGGAAGAAAACAGAGAGAAGACAUCAGAAGACAUUAGUCCCCUCUCAGCUCAUAAAUGGGCUCGUAUCUUUCGUGCUUUGAAGCCGUUUUUACGUCCGUUUGGCGACAGUGGAGAGGGGAGGCUGGAUUUCUAUCAUCGUGCACUCAGCAAGGCAGUCAGGGCAAAGUAUUUCGACAAUGGUCAACAGAACAACUCUGAAAUCAGCUCCGAAGGGAUCUACGAUUGGUGGCAUACCAAACUGGCCAACCAUUUUGAAGGGGUGACAAAUCUGGAGCGGAAGUCAGAGGAAUACCCACAUCACUUGGUUAAGAUCAACGACAAGAAGCGUUUGAUAGAAUUCUUGAAGGACUGGGAUGUAUUUCAUCAUUAUUACAUAGAAGCAUUUAGCGGAGAGUUAUUGGCUCUUUGGAGACAGGCAUCCGACACCCAGAAAACAAUGGAGGAGUGUUACCUUAAGGCUCUUGAGGUCACGAAAGAUGACCCCAAGACCAACUUGGAGGACCUUGGUCUGCUGUAUGAGAAAGUUGCUCGAGUGUUUUCGCAGUCCAAUCAGCUCGAAGGUGGCUUUUCACUGCUGGAGAAGCUUUUUGCUGUUGAAGAAGAGCUUGGUAAUCGUCCGGAGCGCAUGAUGCAGAUUUAUGACUUGGCUGCCUCUUUGUCUUCUGCGAAAGUUCAACUUCAUAAUUUUAUUGUGAAAGCAAUGAUGCCAGAUCUAAAGCCUGCAAUACAGCAUCGAAUGAAGGCGUUGGAACUCAGUAAAGACCUCAAAGGAGAACAGUUUAGGUUUAAACGUGGCAUGGCACUCACUGCCCUGGCCUUUUGUCUACGGAAGUGGGUUUACCUGCGAGGUGAUAAUUCAUUGAGUGCAUCAGAAGCUAGGGAACUGUUUUUUGACAGCCUCAAGGAAGCCAAGGAAAUAUUUGAGGAGUUGGGUGACCAAGAAAAUAUUGGAGGGUGCAUCAUGACGGAAGCCAUGUUACGCAGGGAUGAUAAUAAACAAGUAGGCUUGAAGUUGUACAAAGAGGCGGAAGAGAUAAUUAUGCAGUCCUGUGGCGAGAUGAGUAUCAUGGGAUCACGCAUUGUCAUCAACAUGGCCAUCCUUUUUGAAGAGAUGGGGCGACAUGAAGAAGCUUACGACUAUUGGCAACGAGGAAAAUUAUCCAAAAUAAUGCUGAAGGGGAUUGAUCAUCCAUCAACGCAGCGUGUCCUCAACUCAUUGAAUGAACCCAGGAUGAAAAGAGUCGCUGAAAAACGGCUGGCCAAAGAAAAGGUUUUACUUGAAGCUAGGGACAUGGAUUUGUCUUAAUUUUAUCAGUAUAAUGCUGAUUUAUUUAAGGAAAGGUCCAAUAAAGGUAACAUGUGAAAGUUUUAGCUGAAUCAGUGUCCAUUUGAGACAACUGCAAAACAAAACUCUCAAACUAUUUUGCUGAGAACAUUGAAUCUUUGUUUACCAUGUGACUGGGUACCAACCGCAUCUUUGGCCAUCUCUGAAAUUUGUAGGAAAGCUUUAGCUGAAGUAAUUAUGUCUUUUGUCUUUCUGAAAUAAACAUCCUUUGUUUGUGAUGAGAAAAUUAAAUAUAGGUUUAAAAUAUACUGUAGUUGUAUCACUGAAAUUAUAGAAGAAGAUUUUUAUUUUAAAGACACUGGACACUAUUGGUAAUUGUCAAAG